UCUGUCUUCGCCGAAUCCUCUUCCAAUUCCGAUUCCAAUUCAUCUCUCUAUCACGCUUUUGAAUACGCUUUUAUUAUUCUUGUCAUCCUUCCCUUAAUUACUCCGAUGACGCCUUCGCUUUCCGGCUAUGCCUGCAUGAAUCCUACCUAGAUACCCCCACCGACCACUCCCCAUUUUCCCGAGGAAAAAAAUGGAAGCCGAACAUCCAUGUCCCUUUUCCACCCUUUUCAUUCCUCUUUUUCUCUGCCUUCUCCUCUCCUUUUCUCUUCCCGUUCACUCUGACGACGCGGCUGUGAUGGAACUUCUCAAACAGGGCAUCAUCAACUCCGACUCUCUCGGUUGGUCCGGGCCGGACCCGUGUACGUGGAAGAACGUUAAGUGCGACAGAUCUAAACAAGUCCAGGUGAUCCAAAUCAAGGGAAUGAACCUCCAGGGCACGCUCCCCAAGGAGCUCAGAGACCUUCCCGCCUUGACCCAGCUCGAGGUCCAGCAAAACCAGUUCACCGGCCCGUUCCCAAGCUUUGCUGGCCAUGGCUCCAUUCUGAUAAUCAUAGCCCACAACAACCGCUUCACUUCCUUCCCCGCCGAUUUCUUCACCGGCAUGACGACGUUGCAAUCUUUAACCAUCGGCGACAACCCCUUCUCGCCGUGGACAAUCCCUGAAAGCAUUGUAUCAGCGACCUCGCUCAAGACUUUCUCAGCCAGCAGCGCCAAUCUCACUGGUAAAAUUCCUGAAGUUUUCGGUACUAUGGUAAGUUUGGGGGAGUUGAAAUUAGCUAUGAAUAAACUCGAAGGUGAACUGCCUCAGACCUUUGCGCGUUCCAGCAUUCAGACCCUUUGGUUGAAUGGGCAGCAGGGUAACAAUAAGCUUAAUGGUACAAUUGUUGUAUUGGCCGAUAUGGCAUCCUUGACUUCGGUUUGGUUACAUGGGAACCAGUUUACGGGUCCGAUACCGGACUUCUCCAUGGUAAAAAAGUUGCAGGAUGUUAGUUUUAGGGAUAACCAACUAACUGGUAUUGUACCGGCGUCUUUUGUAAAUCUUCCAAACCUGAGAACUGUAAGUUUGACGAAUAAUUUGCUUCAAGGGCCUCGGCCUACGUUUGGUGUGAAUGUGGAUUUGGAUAUGAAGCCAGGCAGCAAUAGAUUUUGCACGGAAAAUUCCGGCGGUACUUGUGAUGGGCGUGUUAAUGAUUUGCUAUCGGUUGUGGAAGCGUUCGGUUAUCCGAAAACUUUGGCGGAGGAUUGGAGAGGAAAUGAUCCUUGUAAUAAAUGGAAAGGGAUUACAUGCACCGGCGAGGUUGCCAUUGAGUAUGUUGACUUUCAGAAUAUGGGUUUGUCGGGAACGAUUUCUCCCAAGUUUUCUCUUUUUACGUCGAUGCUAAGAUUGGUUCUCUCUGAUAAUAAUCUGACCGGUACCAUCCCCUCUGAGCUUACGAAAUUGCCUAAUCUUGAGUUACUGGAUGUUUCAAACAAUAAUCUGCAUGGUAAAAUACCAUCUUUUAUAAAUGUGCUUGUGAUUACGAAUGGGAACCCUGAUAUCGGAAAGGAAAGUGGUGAGCCUUCGCCACCUGGCUCUGUUGAUGGAAGCAAGGUUGGAAAGAUUGUGGGUGCCGUGGUCGGCUCUGUUGGCGUAUUGCUAUUAGUUGUAGCUGUGGGUUUCUGCCUUUUAAGGCUAAAACAAAAGGGUUCAGGAAAACUACGAAGUCCACAUACGGUGGUAAUACAUCCGCGACAUUCUGGGGACCAGGAUGCUGUGAAGAUUACAGUUGCAGGAGGCAAUGUUAAUUGCGGUGCAAAUGAUGCUUUCAGUCCCAGAAGAAAUGGACCUGUUCCUGGUGACAUUCACUUUGUAGAGGCCGGUAGUAUGGUAAUUUCCAUUCAAGUUUUGAAGAAUGUGACUAACAAUUUCAGCGGGGCAAAUAUAUUGGGUUGGGGGGGUUUUGGAACCGUUUACAAAGGGGAAUUGCACGACGGGACGAAGAUCGCAGUGAAGAGAAUGGAAUCGGGGGCUGUGGGUGAAAAGGGACAGACCGAGUUUAUGUCUGAGAUUUCUGUUCUUACAAAGGUUCGGCACCGACAUUUAGUUGCUCUUCUUGGGUAUUGCUUAGAUGGAAAGGAGAGACUUCUUGUCUACGAAUACAUGCCUCAGGGAACUCUUAGUAAGCGUCUAUUUAACUGGAGAGAGGCAAGGUUGAAACCGCUUGAGUGGACAAGAAGGCUGACCAUUGCCUUGGAUGUUGCCAGGGGCGUUGAAUAUCUACAUGGUUUAGCCCAUCAAAGCUUUAUUCACAGGGAUCUCAAACCGUCCAACAUUCUUCUCGGAGAUGAUAUGCGGGCAAAAGUGUCGGACUUUGGACUGGUUCGACUUGCUCCGGAAGGAAAUUUCUCUGUCGAAACUAGACUGGCUGGAACUUUUGGGUAUCUCGCACCAGAGUAUGCAGAAACGGGAAGGGUGACUACCAAGGUGGAUGUAUAUAGCUUUGGAGUGAUUCUAAUGGAGCUGAUCACCGGUAGAAAAGCACUUGACGAUUCACAGCCUGAGGAAUGCUUGCACCUUGUCACGUGGUUCCGAAGAAUGCACCUUAUCAAGGGUACAUUUCAGAAGGCGAUCGACCCAACAAUUGAACUUGACGAGGAAGCUGUUGCCAGUAUUAGUACUGUUGCGGAGUUGGCUGGUCACUGCACUGCGAGGGAGCCCUACCAGAGGCCCGACAUGAGUCAUAUAGUGAACGUGCUCUCAUCUCUUGUUGAGCUCUGGAAACCAGCAGAACCAGAUGCUGAGGAUAUGUAUGGUAUUGACCUUGAUUUGCCAUUGCCGCAAGCACUGAAGAAGUGGCAAGCAUUUGAGGGAACUUCACCAUUCCUUCCUAAGGGAGACAGUGCCCAAACAAGUAUUCCAACUCGGCCAUCAGGGUUUGCAAAGUCACUUACAUCGGAAGAUGGACGCUGAAGCUUCAAAAUGAAGUUUGAUUAUUCUUCGUAGAAGAG